AUGGCGACGGAGACGGUGCUCAGGACCAAAGUCAAGACCGGCAAGAAUGAAAAACUCCCUCCAGAAAAUGUCCGAUUUAUGCAAGCAUGUAAUGACAUUGCACGGGCUCUCGUUCAAGAAUAUGAAGCCAGUCUGGAUGAGACCAAGCCCAAGAAAGAUGUCAACCUCAAUCGACUGAGAGGUGAUGUUGCCAAAAAGCACCGGCUAAGCACCCAGCCUCCCUUGACCGCGAUUCUGGCGGCCGUUCCCCCAGAGUUCAAGAAACACCUUAUGCCCAAGCUGAUUGCGAAACCGGUAAGAACAGCCUCUGGGAUUGCUGUGGUUGCCGUCAUGUCAAAGCCGCAUCGAUGUCCGCACAUUGCCUGGACUGGGCAUGCUUGCGUCUACUGCCCAGGCGGUCCUGACUCCGACUUCGAAUACUCGACCCAGUCUUACACAGGUUACGAGCCCACGUCCAUGCGGGCUAUCCGUGCGCGAUAUGAUCCAUUUGAACAGGCACGCGGGAGAGUCGAUCAGAUCAAGUCUCUCGGACAUAGCGUGGACAAAGUCGAGUUCAUCAUCAUGGGCGGAACAUUCAUGUCAUUGCCGCAGGAUUACCGAGAUCACUUCGUCGCGCAAUUACACAAUGCAUUAUCGGGCUACCAGACCGAUAAUGUGGACGAGGCAGUCAUGGCAGGAGAGAUGUCCAGUAUCAAGUGCGUUGGAAUCACUAUCGAAACAAGGCCCGACUUUGGACAGAUCGACCACCUUUCUGACAUGCUAAGAUAUGGCUGUACUCGACUUGAGCUUGGUGUCCAGUCUUUAUAUGAGGACGUGGCCCGAGACACCAACCGCGGUCACACGGUCGCUGCAGUUGUGGAGGCGUUCAAGUUUUGCAAAGAUGCCGGAUUCAAGGUUGUUUCGCAUAUGAUGCCCGACUUACCUAACGUUGGUAUGGAGCGCGAUAUCUUUCAGUUCCAGGAAUAUUUCGAGAACCCCGACUUCCGAACCGAUGGCCUGAAGAUCUACCCGACGCUCGUAAUCCGUGGUACAGGACUUUACGAGUUGUGGCGCACAGGUCGGUUCAAGAAUUAUACCCCGAAUGCCCUGGUGGACCUGGUUGCUAGAAUUCUGGCGCUGGUUCCUCCUUGGACGAGGAUUUACCGUGUACAGCGAGACAUCCCCAUGCCCUUGGUCACGUCUGGGGUCGAGAAUGGCAAUCUCCGGGAGCUUGCAUUGUCGCGAAUGAAGGAUUUCGGCACGACAUGUCGAGAUGUUCGAACACGGGAAGUCGGCAUCAACGAGGUGAAGAACAAGAUUCGCCCGUCACAGGUGGAACUUGUGCGGAGGGACUACAUGGCAAAUGGUGGUUGGGAGACCUUCCUCGCCUACGAAGAUCCCAAGCAAGAUAUCCUUAUUGGCCUGCUGAGGUUGCGCAAAUGCUCCGAUACACACACAUUUCGACCAGAGCUGACGGGGCAACCAACGAGCAUUGUUCGCGAGCUUCAUGUGUACGGUUUGGCAGUUCCUAUCCACGGUCGCGAGAAGAGCAGGUUCCAGCACCAAGGCUAUGGAACUCUGCUGAUGAAAGAAGCCGAAAAAAUUGCCCGGGACGAACAUGGCAGCGAGAAACUCAGCGUCAUCAGCGGCGUUGGCGUCAGGAGUUACUACAAACGUCUUGGAUAUACAUUGGAUGGCCCAUAUAUGAGCAAGAUGCUCAGUUUCGAUGACGAUGAACCCGAAGACUGA